GUCUAUACUUUAGUUACUCUCUCCUCGUAUUGUACUAUAUGGUCCUUGACCUGUCUUGGUAUGGAAGCUACUCUCUUCUGGACGGUGAGCCUGAGACUCCGUAAAGUUCAUUCACAAGCUUUCAGAACCACAAGUGCGAGAUGGUUCUACCCAGUAUUUCGAUCAUCUCACGUGGGGAUCGGGCGGACCUUUCCCCGCAUUAAUUUGGGAUGCUAACCCCGCAUUGAAUGAAUACGACCAAAACUAUCUCUUCUCUCAUCUCAUAACCUUUCCAGCUACAAUAGCACCUUAAGAUGUACGCGACGGUGCGCCGUUCGCUCGGUCGUCGCGUGGUCAAUGGUCGUAGAGCAUACCAUCCAUCUGUGCUUCCAUCACGCAUCUCAACUACCUCGCCUGAUUUCGUGGCAAAGGCAGAAGCCAUGGAUGAACUUGUGGCUGAUUUUGAAGCAAAGACCACGACUGCGAGGUUAGGAGGUGGUGCAAAAGCUGCGGAACGGAUGAGGAGCAAGGGAAAGAAACUCCCUCGGGAGAGGCUUUCACUCUUGUUAGAUGCUCAUACCCCAUUCCUUGAACUGUCUCAGCUUGCUGCUCAUGACGUUUACCCUGAUUUGGUUCCAGGAGCUGGAAUCAUCACUGGUAUUGGACGUAUUUCAGGACGAGAAUGCGUUGCAGUUGUCAAUGAUGCAACCGUCAAAGGAGGCUCAUACUACCCUCUUACGGUGAAGAAGCACCUUCGCGCACAAGAGAUUGCUCGGGAACAUGGCUUGCCAUGCGUCUACGUUGUUGAGUCCGGAGGUGCUGCACUACCUCACCAAGCUAAUGUGUUCCCGGAUAAAGAACACUUUGGCAGGAUAUUUUACAAUAUGGCCCAAAUGUCUGCGUUAGGCAUUCCUCAAAUUGCCAUAGUACACGGCAUCUCUGUUGCAGGCGGCGCGUAUGUCCCUGCGAUGGCGGAUGAGAAUAUCAUUGUCCGAGAGCAAGGUCGUAUCUUCCUAGCUGGCCCUCCGCUUGUGAAAGCAGCGACUGGUGAGGAAGUAGAUGAGGAAACCCUCGGGGGCGGUCAAAUGCACUCUUCCGAAAGCGGAGUUACAGAUCAUCUCGCCAGAGAUGAUGAGCAUGCCAUUGCCAUUGCGAGAGGUAUCGUUAGCGACCUUGGCAAGGCUGGCGGACGCGAAGUUCCACCACCAGUUCCUCCACAAGAUCCUGUCUAUCCUGCGCAUGAACUCCACGGCAUUGUUGGUACCGACCUCAGGCAAGCAUUUGACAUGAGGGACGUUAUCGCCAGAAUAGUCGAUGGUAGUCGUUUCCGUGAGUUCAAGAAAGAAUAUGGCCCAACCGUUGUCACCGGAUUUGCGAACAUCCAUGGUUACCCUGUUGGCAUUGUCGCAAAUAACGGCAUUCUCUUCUCCCAGUCUGCUCUCAAAGCUACACAUUUCAUCGAACUAUGUUCUCAACGACAGAUACCGCUCCUUUUCCUGGUCAAUGUCACGGGUUACAUGGUAGGUUCCAAAGCAGAGAAGGGAGGCAUUGCCAAGGACGGAGCAAAGAUGGUUCGAGCUGUAGCGUGUUCCGAUGUACCGAAGCUAACUGUCAUUGUGGGUGGAAGUUAUGGUGCGGGUAACUACGGCAUGUGUGGACGAGCGUACUCACCAAGAUUCCUUUGGAUGUGGCCGAAUGCGAAGGUCUCGGUCAUGGGUCCCGGUCAACUAUCGCAAGUAAUGACCUCUGUGUCGAAGGACCCAACGAAACAUUCGUCUCUCAAAUCCGAGAUUGAAGAGCAAUCCACGGCGUUGUACGCUACGGCACGACUAUGGGAUGACGGUAUUAUUCGCCCAACAGAUACCCGCGACACCGUGGGCCUGGCUCUUGCGUUGUCAGCAAGAGAACACCGUUAUGGGCGUGCUGGUCGCUCUGCGCAAACAACAUGGGACGGAGAUGGAAAAGGAUUCGGAGUAUUCAGGAUGUAGAAUAGAUUUGGAAUGUCAUACAUGGCAAUGUACAGAUAAUGUAUUGAUACUUUUAUACCCCAGG